AUGCCACCUCGACACCAGACCCUGCCAGCGGCCGCCACUUCGUCGGCGCGCGAGGCGCGACAGGCUUUCCACUGCAGUCUCUGCAACAAGGGCUACUCGCGCAUGAACGACUACGAAGCCCACCUCUCGAGCUACGACCACUCCCACAAGCAGCGACUAAAGGACAUGAAGGCCAUGGUGCGCGAUCCCGCCGCCGUCGAACGAGCGAGAAAGGCCGAGGCCAAGGCGGACGGCAUGGUCAAGGUGGUGCCGGCCACCGAGGGGACAGUGAAGAAAGGCGGCUUCAAGAAGAGUGGUUUCAAGAGCGCUUUUACGAAAAUAGAGGGAACUCCCGAGGUCCCCAAGGCGGUGGUGGACAAUCGGCCAUCACUGGUCAACACGGAGCCGUUGGAGAGCGAUACGGAAGAUGAAGGCUACGAAGUCUAUGAUCCGCGAUACCCGACAGACUGA